AAAUGCUUAGAGUAAAGAGAAACACGUUGUGUCUUCUUGAACCUGCUGCACAAGUAUCGUGACCACCGACCAUAGCCUCCUACGCCGCAUUUGAAAUUGUUGUUCCUCUGCCUCUGUUUUCAACCAAAGAAUCGAAUGGUGGGUUUAUCUGUAGGAGAACAACAUUUCAUCCAAGGUGGCAUUGCUCAAGAUCUUCGUUGUGAUGGUAGAAAGAGAUUGACAUAUCGACCAAUCUCUGUUGAAACUGGAGUGAUUCCCCAGGCAAAUGGUUCAGCAAGAGUCAGAAUGGGUGCCACAGAUGUCAUUGCCAGUGUUAAGCCUGAACUUGGAAAGCCAAGCUUGUUGCAACCUGACAAAGGAAAAGUCUCUAUAUAUAUUGAUUGCAGUUCGACUGCAGAGCCAGCUUUUGAGGGUAGAGGUGGUGAUGAGUUGGCAGCAGAACUGUCAAUUGCUCUUCAACGCUGUCUCUUAGGUGGUAAAAGUGGAGCAGGUGCUGGAAUUGAUCUCUCCUCGCUUAUUGUUGUCGAAGGGAAAAUUUGUUGGGAUCUAUAUAUUGAUGGGCUUGUUGUUAGUUCAGAUGGAAAUUUGUUGGAUGCUUUAGGUGCUGCCAUUAAGGCUGCUUUAAGCAAUACGGGUAUUCCAAGAGUCCAAGUUGCUGCUGGAACAUCAAAUGAUGAGCAACCAGAAGUUGACAUAAGCGACGAGGAGUUUCUUCAGUUUGACACAUCUGGAGUCCCUGUCAUAGUUACACUGACUAAGGUUGGGAGGCACUAUAUUGUGGAUGCAACAUCAGAAGAGGAAUCACAAAUGAGCUCUGCUGUUUCUAUCUCUGUUAAUAGGCAUGGGCACAUCUGUGGUAUAACCAAACGAGGAGGUGCAGGGCUGGAUCCAAGCAUCAUUCUUGAUAUGAUAUCUGUGGCUAAGCAUGUAAGCGAGCAAGUAAUAAACAAAUUGGAUUCAGAAAUAGCUUCUGCUGAAGCAGAAGAGGAGUCAUGACAUAGAUGAACUGGUGAUUGCUAGGGUGUACCGUAUUAUUCAAUUGUUUUGCAGAAAAUUUUGUAACUUGGUAACUGAAUAUUGAUUAGAGCUAUAAAUUGUAUGUUGGAAAUUGUAAUGUCUUCUGAGCUAUGUAUGAGGUCCUGACUUUAGCUUUGAGAUGGUUGUUUAAUGCCAUGCCAUUGCAAUGUUUUAAGCUGCAUUGAUAGUUGCAUUGUGGCGUUAAAGGUUGACAUGGCUCGCCAUGUUUGGAUCAGGCUUGUAAUAGCAAAGUGAUGCAUUUACGAUAGUCACUGCUGGAAAUGUAAAUGACAACAUCGGGUGAUGUGGACCCAGAUUUCAAUUUUCGCUUGAA